CAUUUUCAUCAUCCAAAUUAAUAAUAUUUCAAGAUCACCACUUGAAUAAUGGGUUCAAAAUCUGUAACCUGCACUGCCCUUUUCUUCUCAUUCAGUCUCCUCUUCUUUACACUGGUCAGCUCUACUGCCUCUACAGACUGUGCAUGUCACGAUCAAUCACCGCCACCGCCACCGCCACCACCACAUGUCCCUAGCUACUCAUCUCCACCAACACCAACACCAAGCUACAAAUCUCCACCACCACCAACGCCUAGCUACAAAUCUCCACCACCACCAACACCUCACCCCAGCUACUCGUCUCCACCGCCACCAACAUCUAGCUACUCGUCUCCUCCGCCACCAACUCCAUCAUCAAGCCCAACUAAAUGCCCAAAGGAUACCCUAAAGCUUGGUGUAUGUGUGGAUUUGUUGAAAGGUUUGUUGGGCAUUGUGAUCGGUCAGCCACCAACGACGCCAUGCUGUAGCCUCAUCGGCGAUCUUGUUGAUCUUGAAGCUGCUGUUUGCCUUUGCACGACCAUCAAAGCCAGUCUCCUUGGCAUUAACUUAAACCUUCCUAUUAACUUGAACUUGGUUCUUAAUCAUUGUGGCAAGAACGUUCCUCAAGGAUUCCAAUGCCCAUAAUUUCACUUCAUUUACCCUGAAAUAUUAGCUCUAGUACUCAACAUGUUCUUUUUUGUUUUGUUAUGUUUUUCUGUUUUUGCAUGCAAUACGUUUGUGAUAUGCUGAUGACAAUUGAUGUAACCAUCAUUUUUAUUAAUAAAAUCAGUAAUUCUUUUA